AAAUCUAGCAAAAAAACACCUAAAUCAGUUAUGGAUUUUGAUGGUGGAUUUCAUGAGAUCGAAAAGGAUGGUAAACUAUUUAUGGUUUAUCACCACCCGAAGUACUGUCCCAUACCACAAAUACAAAGCCCAUCCUCAUCCUCUGAAGGUCCCAGCCACGACCACCCUCCUCAACCCCUAUUCUUAUGCCCUCGUGUACGAUAUCUAAAAGACUGCUCUGAAAAAUAUCACAAACUUGCCCCGCUUAAGUCUUCUCCUGAGUAUGUCUUCUCUACAACAAGGGUUGAGAAUCAUCAUCAUGUACUUCCUUUGUUUUGGUGCAACAAUGAAAAAUUCAAAGCCAAUGGUGGGUGCUUUAUAUGUUACGGUUCAAAUUUUGGCACAAAUUAUUAUUUUUGCGAUCACUGUGACCUAACUUUUCACAAAGAAUGUGUCGAGUCUCCAAUUAAAAUCAAACACCCUUACCACCCUGAACAUUCUCUCCAACUUUACUUUUAUUCUUCUAUGGGUGAGUGUUUAUAUUGUGGAAAAAGAGCAUGCAAUCUAGUAUAUUACCGUACCAUUUGUCAAGCUGUCAUGCAUCCGAUAUGCGCGAUGAGGCUGAUAUCCUUUGUUAUAGACAAACCAAAAUGCCAUGACCAUCCUCUCACCUUUUUUCCCAGACAAACUUCCUUAACUUGCAAUGUUUGUAGUUUGGAGAGAAAAAAUUAUCCGACCUAUGUUUGUCUUAGAUGCAACUUUGUAGCUCAUAAUGAUUGUAUGUAUUCUCCACGCAUCAUCAAGAAUCCAAGAUAUCACGUCACCCCCAUCGUCUCUCCUACAUUCAUCCUCUUCCAUCUGGACAAUGGCUUUGUGGAGUUUGUCGUCAAUGUAUCGUUGGUGGUUAUGUGUUGUGAUUAUGUUGCUCAUAUAAGAUGUGCUCUUGGGAAAGAUGUUUGGGAUGAAAAAGAACUUGAAGGUGUACCAGAUGAUGAUAAUAUAACACAAGAUGACGGUCCAUUUGAUAUUAUAUCGAAAGGAGUGAUAGUUCAUUUUCUUCAUGACCAUCAUCUCCGACUCCAAGUCAACAUACUUUAUGACGAAAAUAAGCUUUGUGAGGCAUGUGUUCUACCUAUCGUUGAAGGUACUUUCUACACUUGUAUUGAAUGUGAUUUCAUCCUUCAUGAAACAUGCGCAAAAUAUUGCCGUAGAAUACAACAUGUGUUACAUCCUCAUCCACUUACUUUGAAGCCUAUGACUCAAAACGUUUUGGGUCAUGAAGGAUGCGAUGCUUGUUUUCGUUAUUUAGGAGGCUUUUUCUAUAGAUGUCAGAUAGAGGAAUGCAACUUUGUUAUAGAUGUAAGUUGUGCUUCCAUAUCUGAGCCGUUUGAUUACAAAGGUCAUGAACAUCCCUUGUUCCUAGCUUUAGACCCAGAAGUAAAACCCAUAUGUCAUGUAUGCAAAGGAGAAUGUCGUAAACAGUUCAAUUGCAUCAAGUGUGAUUUUAUUAUAUGUUUCACGUGCGCUACCUUACCAUACAAAGCAAGGUAUAAGCAUGAUAAAUAUUUUCUUACAAUUUUACGGGGAGAAGAGAUAUGUGAAAAAAAUUGGUGUGAGCUCUGUGAAUGUAGUUUAAAAGAUACAGACACGAAAGUGUUUUAUUGA